GUACUGAGUGAUGGUUGUGUCUUGUGAGUGCAUUUUAUUAUUUCGUCUCGUCUUCACAGAGUAACAUGCUAGUCCAAGUUUUUAUUUUUAAUAUGUUACGUUACUCCCGAGUUUAGCGAACGACGCCCGUUUUCAAUCAUGUUUCUUUUCUAGCAAUUUAUAUAUUUUACAGUUAUAUUGUUCACAUUAAAUUCAAUUGCAGGUCACAACGCAAUUUAAAAUGUAGUUACUUAUCGAACGUGUAUGUAUAUUUUUUACCAACUGAAUUAACAUGGAGUUCAACAGAUAGAAUUUCACAAUGCCUCCCAAAAAGGCAAUUUCGCCCGGUCCUGUGGAUCGAAUGCCAGUAAGUCGUUUAAACACAAUUUCUUUAUUAUUAAUUUAUCCAUCUUCAAUUGUGAAUGUGUUUCUCGUUAUUACAGUAACGUUUCAACAUUUAACUAUAGCGUGUUUUGGCCAUGCAUUUUCGGUAAUCAGUUUGUUUAUGUUUGCUACUUGAUUGCUAUAUUUUCAAAACGUUUCCAUUUUGUUUACUGUACAGUAUUUUACCAAUGGAUAGCCAGUAAUUGUAGAUAGUAAACUUAGUUUUUAAUUGUUUGUUAAAUUCAACAACCUGGUAAUUGAAAAGUGAAUUUAGUUGUGAAAAAGAUUGCAGUGUACAAUAUUGUUGGUUUGCUAAACUAUUUACCAGGUUGCUCAAAAUUUUAUCACCAGAACACUCCUAUUGUUUCAUUUUCAAUACUAGUAUAUGACUUGCCUAUUAUUACUAACAUUUGAACUCUAAUUUAUUUGAUAUUUUAGGUAGGUACCUAUAAUAUCUACCUAUAUAUAUUUUAUUUAUUUGUGUUGAAUUUUUUUAUACUUUGUUAAACCUUUAUCUUGGUUUAAAUAAUGAGCUUAACUUAAUUAAAGGUUUAACUUGCAAAUAAUAAAAAGGUAUCUAUUUUAGUAAAUUAUUUGAUUUUAAAUUUACACCACUGUAUUUUCUUAAGCUAGGAAAGAUAAUACAUAGAUAAAAUGUGAUUUAGAUACAAACAAAAUAAUAAAUUGCUUUGUCUAUUUCUCAGUUAAUCUAAUGGCUAAUCAGUAGGAAAUCUGUGUUCAUUAAAUUAUGAUUGGCAAUUGGUUUAACAGAUUGUCUAUCUACUAACAAAACAUUUUCACCAAUGGAUGAUUUUGUUUUUCAAAAUGUCCUAUUCUCAAUAAUAUCAGAUUAGCCAUCAGAUUAAUCAAGCAAUAGGCAGUAUCUAUUAAACAAUAAUUUCAUUUUUGAUCUUUAGGAAAUAUUGAAAUUGAUUGCUGAACCAACUUCAGUUAAAAAUAAAAAAAAACCAGAAGUUACUUAUUACCAAGACCCCGAUAAAGAGGUUAAUCAUGAUUAUUGUGAUGCGUGUGCUGGAGGUGGAGAAAUUAUAUGUUGUGACAAAUGUCCAAGAUCCUUUCAUAUAACUUGCCAGUGAGUGGUUUCCGGACAAUAUGUUUAGUGACAUAAGCCCAAGUACAAUUUUUCAACCGCACCAUCAUUGCCCAAUUUAUUUUGUCCAUUUAAAUAAGGUUAAAUAAAUUUUCACUUUCUAUAUAUUAUAUAAUAUAUAAUUCCCAAAACUUCUUGUGACAACUAACUACUUAUGCAUUGAAAACUAAAGACCCCUUUCCAUGCGAUUUUCUUGGGUUGGGUAGAAUUUUACUCUAUUAUCCUAUUUAACCUAUUCUAUGGUUUAAAUAAAGUUACAGUGUAAACUUAUAACUUAACAUAACAUAAUCACCUAGUAUAGUCUGUCACAAUACAUUCAUUUUAAAUUUUUUAAGUGGAGUGUGAAGUCUCCUUAAGUAACAUAUACAAAACAUUAUACCUUACAAGUAUACCAGUUGUGUAAGUAUCUCUUAUAUUAAAUUUGAUAUAUUUACCUUUAUUGGUAUUACUUGUAAGAUUUGCCGUUGUGUGUAUGAUCCGCUUAAGAGUAGAGGUCAUAUUCUAUUAAAAAUAUAUUUAUUAAUGAAGAUAAGAAACUAGAAAUCUUAAAUAUUUGGACAAAUUAAUAUUGGAUUAAAUUAAAAUGUUUUACUAAACAAAUAAUAUGGUAGUUGGACAAAAUUGGCAUUGGUUCUUAUUUUAUUCGAUCUAAUGUCUGUUAAAAACUGUUAGUGAUACCCAUAUUUAAAAAAAGUCUAUUUCAGUUUUAAAAUACGCAUAUUACAUUAUUUUUAGCUACCCGAGAAUUUAUAGAUUACCCAUUGGCGAUUGGUUUUGCAGUGGUUGUGCGUAUAUCGACAAUGUAAGAUAAACUGUAUUUGUAAUUUAUAUAAUCAGAUUAAAUAAAAUUUAAAAUUUUAUAUUUUAGGACGAGUACAGAGUCCGCACACCCAUCAACUGUAAUUUUGGUAAGCAAAUAUACAAAUGUUAAUAAUAACCCUUAAUCAGUUAUGUUUGGUAUGUCAUACUGCUAUAUUAUUUCUGCUAAAUAUUAUUUAAAAAUACAAAAAAAAAAAAAAUUGUUAUAGUUAUCUUUAUCUUGAAAUUAUCUUUCAGUCAAGUAAAUGCUGUGUUUAUUUCAUUUUAAUAUUAACCGUAUUGUUAUACAGAAUGAAUCAAAAUUUUAGAAAUUUAUACAAAUAUUAGUUGAAGUUUAGGUAGUAUGACAUAUUGCAUGUUAAUAUUUAUGUUAAAUAAAUUCACAUUAUUAUUUAAGGGUCAUGAUAAGUCAACACUGCUAUGAUAUGAUACUCAUGGCAAUGAUAUGGUAAUGGUAACAACCAAAUUUACCUGUAAUUUUGUAUGGCACAAUUUUAUCAUUACCUUCAUCAUAUCCAUACUGUAUCAUUUAUCACAGCUGUGGAUUCAGACCUUUAGAAGUAGAUAGAAAGAUUUUUGUUGUUGACAUGUUAUACAAUUUUAUUAAUAAAAUGUUAUGAAUCAUGCUAAUUUUAAAUUUAUUAUUUGUUUAUAUAAAUAAUGAAUAGAAAUAUAUAUACAUAUAUAUUUUUUAGAUAUCGAUUCAAUUUUAAAGAAAGUAGUAGAUUAUGAUAAUUCAUGUGGAAUUCGAUUAGGACAUAUGACUGAAAUACCUAUCCAGCGCAAGUACAGUAAGCAUAUUAAUAUUAUUUGUUUUUAGAAGGUACUAAUUUUGUUGAAUACUUUUAUUAGACAUAAAACCUCCUAACCCAACUCAAAUUAAUAAGACUGAAAUAUGUUGUAUAUGCAAGAAAGGAUUUUUGAAAGCACAACUAAUGCGUUGUCAUUCUUGUAAUUGUUCCUAUCACCUUAAUUGUAUGGACCCUCCAAUUCGUGAUUGGGAUAAUGGCACAAGAUGGAUAUGUCCAGCGCAUAACAAAUUCUAUGUAAGAAAUUGUUUAAUUUGUAAUAUAUUUAUUACUUUUUUCGGUAGUUUUAAUUUUUAUUAAAAAAUGUGUAUAAAUUUAUUUAUUUUAGGAAUUGAUGUAUCCUGAUUAUUUUCCUCCUGGUAGUAAAACAGUAUCAGAUAAAGAGGUAUUAAAGAGGUUACGAUGUGAAGUACCUCCCAUUCAACCUGUAAAUUCAUAUUUUAAAAUACCCAAUCAUAUUGAUGCCAUGUACAAAAAGGUAAUGUAUAAUAUUAUUUUAAACAAAAUGUAACACUAUAUUAAAACUUAAAUUAAAAGUAUGCAUUAAGAAUACAGUUAUAGUACUUAUAAUAAGUAUUAAGUAAAAUCAAAUAUAUUAUAUUUAUAUUCAGUCACAAUAUUAUUUAAUUAUUUAAUUUACAUUUUCAGCCAGAAGAAAAAAACAUUCCAACAUCAAAUUCUUUAAAUAUUUUAUGGUAAGACAAAUAUUUAUAUUUGUAUAUGUAUAAAGUUAUUUAAUACAUAUUUCAUUUUCAAAUUUUAUUUAAAAUCAACGGGAAUUUUUAUAUUUUGGUUAUAUGCUCUUUAACAAUUGUUUUAUUUUUCUUACAGUGAUCUUGCAUCGUUUGAAUUAAAAUCGUUAAAUAAUUCAAAUCUCAAAAUUAGUAAGUUCAAUAAUAUUUUUGUGGGUAAAUCUAUUUACAUUGAUGUAAACUUAUUUUUUUUUUUUUACUUUUAAUAAUUUAAAAAAAAUUUAAAUUUUAGUAUUAUUUGUAUUUUAUGAAAAUAUUUAGCUGUGAUUUAAAUAAACCUAAGUUUAUUAAUAUUUUAGAUGAGAAUAUUUCAAAUGAUGUAACUGAAAAGUUCCUAGCAUCUCAACAUUAUAAUCAAUUUCAGAAUAUUAAUGUGUUACCAAAACAACCAAAUGCAUAUUUGACUUGUUUAACAUUACCAAUCGAAUUUUUAGUUAAGAAUGAACCAAUAACUAUUGGAAAAAGCGAGUGAUAUUUAUGUUAAAUUUGCAUGGUUUUUAUUUUAUUUAUACAAUUAUUAAAUCUGGUUUAAAAUAUUUUUAAAGGCCGUAGCAAUCAUCUGUGUUUGGAAGAAUACGAUAAUUGCCAGUUUAUUUCUGAUCACCAUGCCACAAUUACAUUUGAUGAAGUAUGUAUUUCUUCAAAAAAAAAUUAGUACUAUACACUACACAAUUGAUUUAAUUUUAAGUAUAUUUUAUUGUUAUAAAUGGUUUUAUUUAGAAGUUACACUUUGUAUUAUGAUUUGUAAGAGUUACUUAUUAAUAAUUAAUAUAGUGUACUCCUAUCUGUCUAAAUAUAGACCAAAAAAUUUAUUUUUACAGUGUAACCAAUGGUACAAUUUAAAAACAAAUGUAGUAUAAUAUAACUAUAAAAUAUAUACUAUACUACAUUAGAUAAGAUGAAAAAAAAAUUUAUUAAUUUUAGAUUCUUAAAGUAAGAUGGUUUUUAGUUUAAAAUUAUCUUAAACAUACUUAUAUCUGUGAUAUUUAGAGAUUUAUUUGAGACAUAGUAUAAUUUUUAAGUCGUCUUUGUUAUAUAGUACAUCCCCACAUUAUACAUUAAAUAAUAGAAAUAGCUUUGAAAAAUAAACAUUUUUUUUUUUAUCAGCAUACAUACAUAUGAAAAUAAAAACUUUUUAAUGGUUUAUAAUGGACACACAUACCCAUAUUCACAAUUUUGCCUUCCAACUUCUCUAAAAUUGUAUUUUUAGUUUUAAUUUACAGUUUAUUAAUUAAUACUAGUAUUGUGAUAGUAUAUAUUUUUUUUGUUUGAUAAAUAUUUAUUAUUAUUAUCUAUAUUUUAUAUUUCUACAAAAUAUGUUUAAAUAACAUUACACAUUUCAAUAAACUUAAAAAAAAAUAAUUCUUGAGGAAACCAUUUUACUAAAAAUAAUAAAGCAUUUAGAUUUUUUACUAAUUUUAAUUUGUAAAUAAAAAGAUUUAUAAAAAUUAAAUAUAUUAGUACUACAUUUAAUUGAAAUAAACUAUACUAAACAUUGAUUUCAAAUCUAAUUAUUACAUAUAAUUUUAAUUUGUGUAUUAUUUAUGUUAAGUAAAACUUAAAAGAAUAUAUUAGGUAUAAAAUAAAGAAUACCAUUUCAAAAUAUAAUUUAUAGUAUAGGUGAAAAAAAUCAGUAUGGUUAUUAUUUAUUACAAAAAUAGUCCAUUAAAUCAUUUAUAUUUGUAAUUAAUAUAUUAAUAACAAAUGUUAAAUUAUUAUAAAAGAAAGAAGAAAAAAACGGUUUUUUACUGUUUUUGUGAAAUACUUAUAUUAUGAAUUAAAUUUAUAUCUGAGCAUAGUAUUUUUAAAUAAAAAUAUAAAUUAAAAGUUAAAAAUAAAUAUUUUGUUUAAACCAUUAGAACAGACUUCAUAUAUUAGUUUUUAAUAAUUUUAUUGUCUUCCUUAAAUAUGAUUAAAUCUCAUAUUUUAUUAAUAUUUUUGCAGGUGAUCGGAGAUUUUCUGGUAAAAAACCAUAGUGUACACGGUAUAAUAGUUGAUAAUAUAUCUUAUUAUGGACAUCAUCGGUCAGAUCAGAAAAAAAUCCUUAGUUACAUCUCUAAAUUCCUAAAUAACCGCCGUGUUGCAGUUCGCAAGGAUAAUUUGUUUCAAGUUUAUAGUUAUUACGAUAAAAAGGCUGUUAAAUAUAUUUCUGGAAUGCAUAGUUUUGAUUAUGGAUCCAUGUAUAAAUAUUAUAAUGAUGAAACGAAAGAAUCAGAUUAUGCUUAUCGAUUAGACCCAUGCAAGUGUCUCAAAAGACAUAUCCCCAAUGAUGGCUAUACUGGUCAAGCUCUAUUGCGGGAUGAGUCUUUAAUAUCUAUCGGUUGUUUACAAUUUAAAUUCACAUACAAUAAAAAUGAAGUUACCAAAAUGUGUUCAGAAAUGAGUGCAACUAAAGAAAGUGUGACAGCAGAAGAUCAAUCGCUUAAUGAACCAUGUUUAAGAAUGAUAACUGAACAAGACAACUGUACCAGUGUAUUAAGAGGUACUGAAACAGAAAUUCCUGUAAUUACGCUUGAUGACUAUGAAUCAAAUACUAUUAUUGAGCAAAACCAUAUUAGCACAUUCAAUAUGGAUAGUUCUGAAAAUAUUGCAUUAGCUAGUCUCUCCAGUGAUUAUGACAUGCCAUACACAGAAUGGAGCAGUAUAAACAAUAGAUCAAGAACAGCACAGUUGUGUAACACUAAUGAUAUAAUACAAGUAGAAGAAAUUAGUGAUAUGGAAGAGGAUGAAGAAACUACUGAAGAUGGAUUUAUUUGUACAGUUGAUUAUACUGAGACUGAUAAUAUGGAACACAACAAUGGUGAUAUUGAGAAUUGGGUUAUUGAGGAAGAUGAUGUGUUAGUAAAUGGAAUUCACUAUAAUAUUAAUGAGCCAGGCCCUUCUUCUGCUAACUUACCAAUGCCACCAGCUGUAGAUUUACCUGUUCCCGAUAGUAACAAUGAACAUUAUAAGACUGAACAUUUACACUGUACAAAUACACAAACAUACAGUAACGUUAUUGUUAUAUCAUCUGAUGAUGAAGAAGAAUAUGAACAUGUUGAAAAUCCAAAGUCUGAGGAAUAAAUAAUAAUAUUAUUAUUGUAAACCAAAAACUUUUUAAAAUUUUAUUUGUAAUUUAAAUUAAUUUUGUUAGUUAUUUUUGAGAUGCCAGUAUUAUACUGUUUUUAAUUUUCAUCUUUGGAUGAGCAUUGUGAUUUUUGAUUAUCCUGUGGUAUAGAAUUGUUUUUUAUUUGAUGUCUAUUAAACAUAUCAAUAAUAUCUCAAAACAAAUAUAUAUUUAUAUAUGUUGUAGUGUAAUUCAUAACAAUGCAAUUGAUAUAAAAAUUAAUGGAAGCAUACGUAAUUUAAAUUUGUUACCUUUAGCAUAAUCUUUUGGUUUUACCUAUUUUAUACAUUUAAAAUUAAUUUAUUAUAUAAUUUAGAGAAUAAGUAUAAAAUAAUUAAUUUUUACUCCUUAC